AUCAUGAUCGCAGAAAGCAUCGGGAGCUCUCCACGGAAGGAGCCGCGUCGUGAUGACCGACAGUGAGCGGAGCUGCAGCCCGUGACGCCCGACGUUUCCUUCAUCCAGCCGGAGUGCACUUCGAGACUAUUCCUCCGAGGCUUCUUCUUCUCUCCAUCUGGGGAAUUGAGAACUUCGGGGGGAGCAGACCGCUGCAGGCGGAGGAUAAACGGACCCACGGAUAGGUGUCCGCCGGCCGGCUGCGCGUCUUUCUGCGGCGCGCAAAGCGGAGCUGCUGGAAGUCUUCCCGUCCCGCCUCACUAGUCCAGUCCUCCCCCCUUCCCCGAACCCUUUGACCGGGCGUCCCGAACACGACCAAAAUGGUUCUCCUGGGGUUCCUGCUCGCUCUUCUCCUCCCAGGUGUGAUACUCUCCACAUCCCAGAUAUUCCCCUUCCUAGCUCCUGUGACCGACUGUGUUGAAGCUCACCGCGUGUGCUCCACUGACCCGCAGUGUGAGGCGCUGUACCGAGGCUUGGAGCUGUGCGCGGUCGAUGCAGCAGUCGCACCGCUAGGGGAGCAAGAAGCAUCUGAGUGCCUGGAGAGACAGGACACCCUGUUGGCCAAACACCCGUCACUUCUGGCCUGCAAGUGCCAGCGUGGCUUCAGGAAGGAGGAGCGGUGCCUCCGCAUAUACUGGAGGGUUCGCCUCCUGCCAGGAAGGGAGGAACUGGAAAUAUCACCCUAUGAUGACUCCAUGAUUGACUCUCGCAUGGCCUCUUUAGUGUCCAGUUCAUCCUUCAUGCAGCUGGAUGGUGAGAACCAGUGCCUGAAAGCAGCACAGGACUGCGGCCUGUAUGAGAAGUGCGGUGCUCUUCGAUCAGAAUAUGUGUUGGCCUGCACAAAGCCAAUACCCAACACCAGUCGAUGCAACCAGUACAAGUGCCACCGGGCCCUCAGGCGCUUCCUGGAGCGGGUACCAGAGGAAUACAGCCUGGGUGUCCUGUUCUGCCCCUGUACCAACACCCUGUGUGGAGAGAGGAGGAGGAAAACCAUCGUACCCUCCUGCUCUUACCAGGAUGCAGAGAGUCUGCAGCCUAACUGCCUCCACCAGCAGAGCUUCUGUCGCCGAGACGACCUGUGCAGGUCCAGGCUUGCUGAUUUCCUCAGUAACUGCCAACCAUCUCAUCUGACAGCCAGCAGAUGUUUGAAAGACUCAACAGGCCUCUGCCUCCGAGCCUAUGCUGGGCUUAUAGGAACCAUCAUGACUCCCAACUACAUCAGCAACAACUCUGCUGAGGUGUCGCUGUGGUGCAACUGUGAGGGCAGUGGCAACCAGUGGCAGGAAUGUCUGCGGCUGCAGCGCCUUUUCACCCACAACAGCUGCCUACGGAACUCCAUCAGCUGGAUGGGAAGCCCCGGAUCGCUGCCCUCUGACCCCACUCCGCCCCCCGCUCCCAGACCGUCUCCACUGGUCCAGAAGGAUGAGCUGCUGAACAGAAACCACCUGCCUGAGCUCAACAAUGAUGUGGUCGAGAGUGAGGAAGAGGAGGAGUUGACACAGACGGUGGAAGAGGAGGAGGCUGAUGAAGGUGGCCAGUUUGAUGUGAUCCCUCUGUACUCGGAGAGGGCCACCGUCUCCAACCUGGGCUCAUCUGAAGCAGGGGGCGCUGCAGCGCGCAGCGCCAGCCCCACUAAACCAGUACUGUUGCUCCUUCUGCUCAUAACUACUGCCCACAGCUGGGGGUAGAACAAUAUAUAGAAGAUACACACACACACAUAUACACACUCAUACAUGUACACACUCACAUCAAAUGGUUCCGCAAAUAACACUGGUCUGAUUGCUGAAAAGGUUCAAGAAAUAGUAGGAAGAAAUGAACUUUGCUUUUCUUUGUCAGAAGCAUCUUCUUGGUUCUUGACUCCUGUCUUUGUUUUCAUUCUUCAGUCCAAACAUGACAAAUGGCACUUUUUAUUUAUUUGGCUCUGACUGGAGUCACUGGGGGUGCAGGGGGUUCCACAUGCUACCUAUAACCAGUCAGCAUACUUUAAUAUGUAUUUGUUUGAAGUGCUUAAAUUAUACAUCAGAAAUCUGAUGAUGCGUAAGCAAAUAGCCAAAACAAAGUGUUCACAAAAUGUCUACCUCCAGCACUGGCAAUUUGAAAACAUGGAACAUCAUUAAACAUGAACCCAGUGUUUCUAUGGAACUGCAGAAUAAUGUGGGAAUAAGGGAAGUGCUUGAAAAUGGGUAGAAAAAUUUAAAGGUUUGCAUGGGGCGAGUUAUUUAUUUGAAAUCAGCACAUUUUGUAAAUUGGCCCUGGUAUUUAAGUAAUUAUCAUUCUGUUUUACAGUGUAAAUGCUAGAAUACCAGGCAGGGUGUAAUCAUGUGCGGAGCUAUCUCUCCGCUCCCCCAAAUGUAGUAGAACAUGGAAGUCUGCAUCGGGGAAAUCACUUUUGAACUCCUUAAAAUUAUGGCUUUUAAUUCCAAAAUGGGAGCCUCUGUAUUCCACUCAGCUGAGCAGGACGCCUGUGGGGCGAGUUAAACUAUCUGCUUCUGUGAGACCAAAAACAGAAAAAUGAAACCCCACAGGAAAAGGACUUGUUAUGUGUCCAUCCAAUUGUCAUGUGACUUUUGAGAAAACUUUUAAAUUAAGAAACACAAAAUAGACAUGGAUGUAGAAAUAUUUCAGAGUUUCGUGCCUCUCGUAAGGCACAGACCUACCAGUAGAUGGGAUGGUCAGAAUGUACUUGGCAAACAUGUUUCCAUCUGCCUUUGCUCAUUAAGUCUUUUUCAAACACCACAAUAUUAAAAGUUUGCAAAAUUAUGGAAGUUAUUUAGAAAUUUGCCGUUUUUGUUAAAUACAAUACUUCAAACAAAAACAAAAAACAUUGAUGGAUAUGCCACAACAGUCAAAAUAGGACUUAUUAGGAUCACUUCUAGAGGUAGUUAGUUGUACUGGAUGUAUUUAGAGGUAUCAGAGUAAAGGUGGCCAAAGAACGCAUAACAGUUUCAGAUCUUUAGUUAAAAAUAUUUUUUUUUUGUAUGAAAGCUGGAUUGGUUGGGAAGACCUACUGAUACUGUCUGUCUGAGAAGUUGUUUUUGUCCAUCCCAAAAUGUAUGGAAUAAAAAACACGUGAAAACUCAGUCAAAUAUUGUCAUAUCUUUAGUGUAGAAUUCAUUUAUUCCACUGCAUAAGAUAUUUUAAUUUAUUAAUUUUGAUUAAUUAUUUACAUUGACAAGAUACGAAUUUUGAUGCAAUAAAUCACCGUUUUCUUUUUACAUACAGAAGUUUCAAGUGUUUGUAUUCAUGUGUUUAUGUUACGACCAGGAAUCUGACACACAAGCGACAGCCGCUAACCGCAGACGAAGCCGCUUCGCCUGGCCCAACGGGGUUUCCAUUUUUGCUUCAAAAACCGAUCUGAUUGGACGCUUUUAAAGACUAUUGUUGUGUUCAAGUUUUGCUAAAGGAGUUAGCCUAUCAACAAAGCUAUUCAAUCCUAAAAUAGCAUCUCAAAGCUAAACAUGUAGCCGCAGCAGAUGCUAACGCUAAUGUCAACAUCUCCCUAAGCUCCAUGAAUGAUCAGGAGUUCCUGAAAUUGAUAGAAUAACACUUUGCUCCAAUUUGAUGGCUAGAGAAUGUAAACAACAAAUUAAAACCUAUAAAUAUAUUUGUUGUUGAGCUCACAUGUUUAUUUAUUCUGUAAUUUAGCAGCAAAAAGGGGUUUCUGAUGUGAAAUGUUAACUGUUUUGUCAACAUAUAGUUUUCAAUUAAAAUGCAAUUAAUUAACUACACACCCUGGAAUUUGAAAUUUGAAUCCAGUCCCACCACUAGUUUAAAUUUAUGCAGAUGAGUCAGUAAGUGAGGAACUGGUGCAAACUGGUUUAAGUGGUUGCAUGUGAAAACCYCACAGCUUCAGUCAGAGCCUGUUGUUGGUCCCACUGGGUGUGAAUGGGUCACCCUGACCAGGACUGAGAGGGACAUGGUCACGAGGGGGUUACUGCUCAUGAACUUUGUUGCAGUGAUAUUCUGCGUUCUCUUGACUCUCCAGCCAGCAUGAGUGACAGAUGCUCAGUGUGUGGUGAACGUAAGGCAGCAGGUUGGGGAUCUGUGUGUGUUUGGGCGCAAGCAUCAGGCAUCAAACAUGCAAAUGUCCUUUGUUAUUAUUCGACUCAAGCACUUCAUCACUCCCACCCACGUCAGCACUGCAAAAAAAAAAGAUGCAUACACACACAUUUGCACACACACUGCACCCCCCCAUCCCCACCCCACCCCUCACACAUUCAGCCGAUGCAGCUCUUUCUGGCUUUAUUGCUCUAUUCCUGUCCCCGUCGUCCUCCCAGGUGAUGCAGGACCGGGGCCCCGGCCGCUACAGGCGCCGAUAUGAAUUAAGCCGUCAUAAUAAAAACAAUACACAAGAAAUAAUAUGAGCUCUAAAAUAAAAUGGCAGAACAAAUCAAAUUGCUCCCCAGCAGGCAAAAAAAAAAACAAAAAAACAUACAGAAUUAAAAAAAACUCACUUCUGACAAAGACUGAGACACAGUAAAGGGAACGGAAAAGAGAGAUAUGAAGGAGAAAUUAAGAAA